CUGGGAACAAAAUGGCAGCGGCUAAAAUCUACUUCCUUGUUUCUCGACGUUGAUUCUUUGAGGUAUUAGCACUCAAAUUGAUCUCCAAGAUAUUCAAAAGUAGGUUACCAUGGCAGCUCCUGCAAAUGGUUUUUAUGAACGCUGCAGUUUGUGAUGAGGUUAACAAGAUGGAGGAACGCGUUACAAGAUUACGCGAGGAGCGCAAGUAUUUAUUGAAGAGAGUUGUGCAGAAUCAGUCAUUAUCUGAUGUGACACCUCAGAUGAUUAGUAAACACGCAUCACUUCCCUCACCCCCCAAAUCUCAAUCUGUCACCAUGGCAACAGUUAAGAUGGAGCCAUCGGAUCCACAUGAAAUGUCACAUCUUACAGUAACGGGUGAAUCUGAGAAGAGGAUUCUAGGGGGUGGUGGACCAAAAAAGAAAAAAGGUGAAGGGAAAGCCAAGUCAAAGAAAGCCAUGAAAGAAAGGCGUAAAUUGGUCCAACCAAUUCCAGUGGAUAACAAUGGUAUCCCCCUGUUCCCUAUAGAACUUGGCAAUCUGACUGUUUAUAGUCUUGGAGAGGUUGUGAGCGACAGGUCAGCAUUCCAUGAUGAGUUAAACAUUUACCCUGUGGGCUACUGUAGUACUCGGGAAUAUGCCAGUAUUGUAAGCAUAGACAAACCCUGUACAUAUACUUGUAAAAUCAUAGAUUCUGGGACCCAUCCAGUGUUUGAGAUCUCGCCGGAUGAUUGCCCAGAGAAAACAAUAAGAGCCAACAGUGGGUCAGAUUGCCAUUCAGCCCUUCUAACUGCCAUUAAUGAAACAAGAGGGUGUGAACUGGUGGACACAAAAGGAAAGGGACCAGAAUUCUUUGGUGUUUCUCAUCCCACAAUACAGAAUCUCAUCCAAAACUGCCCAGGAGCAAAGAAAUGUAUGAAAUAUGGUUGGGUGAAAUUUGAUGUUUGCAAUCCCGAAGAAGGAGAACUUGUUUCUGCCACUGAAAGUGACUCCUCUAUUAGUUUAGAAGCCCUGAAAAAGCUACCAUUGUAUCAAAAAUGCCUGAAGGAGAUGUUAAAGCCCCAAAGUGCAAGUGCAGCCCUCAGAUCCCUGCUGACAGCCAAUAAAUCAUGA